GAAAGAUAAUUGUGUGUCGGCUUAAAUCUGUUCUGACCGGGUUUUCUGUUUUUGCUUAUAGACUUUUUUUUAUCCCUGUACUAAUGGCUUGGACAAAAGAAUUGGGUUUCUGUCUCUGGAAAUGGACAAAGGUUAUGGCUUUCAUCAUGCUCUCUUUACAUCCCUGUGUAUCAGAAAAUGGAGAUCAGAGGAUCCUAGAGAAAAUAGAAGUAGAUGUGACACAGAAGUUAUAUCAGGUUGAGAAGAACCACAACAUCACACUGGAUUUAACCUUCACCACCAAACCAGAGUGCUCCCAAACUUUCUGGCUUGUACUUUGUUACCGAAUGGAGGAUAAAAAGGUUUUAUACCAGUAUGUUGAUGUUGGUAGUAAUAAAGCCUCAGAGUCUCAGGAUGAACAGUUUUCAGGACGAGUUCUAUUUGACAAAGACGUCCUCAGAGAAGGACGGAUCCGACUCCAUGUAUACAGUCUCAAGAUGGAAGACUCUGGAUUUUAUGUCUGUAAACUGACCAUUGGCCGUUGCAUGGGCUUGGACACAUGUGACCUCACUGUGACUGACCCUCAUCCAUCUGAACUCCCAGCAACUAUCAGCUCUCCACCAGAGAAUUGGGGAAGGACAGGAUUAAUUAUUGUGGCAGCAGCAAUAGUAGUAACUAUUCUGAUUAUUGGUUACUUUACUUCUAGAAAGAAAAAUGACUCUGAAAGCCAACCUCUAUGGACAAAAAGACAAACCGUGUCUUCUUAACCUGUUUCAUGGUAUUUGUGCAUUCUAAUAUUUUUUGUAUUAAUUUGGCAACUAGGAUCAAUUUAUAAUCAUUUUCACUGUGGAUCAAAAUAACAUAGCUGAUGCUAAAAAGUACAAUAGAAAUGACUACUUUUUUCUGGGUCUUUCAAUAAACUUUAAAAGCCCUUUAUAAUAUUAAAAUAUUUUAUCUAAAAUAUCACACAGUAGCUAUUCUGGAUUAAAAAAGGUUUGUUUGUUUUUCCAUAUAAAUUCCAGCAUUGAAGAAGGAAACUGAUUACUUCAUUAGAGUUUAAAGGAGACGUUUCUCAUUCUGGUUUAGAGUCAGUGGAUUUACGCAACUUCCUGGUUUGUGGUUAAAUCAGCUGAACUGAAGGAGAGAGAAACAAUAAAGUCAUUUAGAAGAAUGAAAGUAAAACCGCCAAAAACCUGUCAGGACAUUUUUUUACGUUAGAUUUUUAACAAUGAGAGAAAUUAAUAUUUUAAGUGAAGAAACAAUGCACUGGAAUGUUUUCAAUGAUUAAAAAAGUUUAAGGCUGUUUCAGUUUUAGUUAGUUUUUGCUCCUUUGUGUUUU